GAGUGACAGCGAGCGAGAGCGAGAGAGACAGAGAGAUUGUCCGCGCGUCAGCGACUCCCGGCGAAGACGAUGGGGAAGGGGUUCGCAUCCUACCUGGCGAUGAAGACGGGGCCGGAGGGCGGCGACGCGGCGGCGGCGCAGCAGGCUCUGAUCGACGCGGACCUGCGGGAGCUCGGCGUCGCCGCGCGGAAGCUCGCCAACCACGCAUUCGUCCUCGGCGGCGGGCUGGGGUUCGGCACCUCCUUCCUCAAAUGGCUGGCCUUCCUCGCCGCAGUGUAUCUCUUGAUAUUGGAUCGCACAAAUUGGAAGACCAACAUGCUGACAGCUCUCUUGGUUCCUUACAUUUUCUUCACCCUGCCUAAUGUGCUGUUUUCUCUGAUCAGAGGAGAGGUGGGGAAAUGGAUUGCGAUUAUUGCUGUUAUUCUGCGUCUAUUCUUUCCACGACACUUCCCAGAUUGGUUAGAGCUUCCUGGUUCCAUCAUCCUGCUCACAGUGGUCGCCCCUAGCCUGUUCGCGGACAGCUUCAGGGGAGACCUCGUUGGUGUCUUCAUAUGCCUUGUGAUCGGAUGCUACCUGCUCCAAGAACACAUCAAGGCGUCAGGUGGAUUCAGGAACGCCUUCAGGAAGGGCAAUGGUGUGUCCAACUCCAUCGGCAUCCUCCUGCUCUUCAUCUACCCUGUCUGGGCCGGUGUGCUGCAAGUCCUGUAGGCACCAUUGCCUCAGUGUUUCCCCUGUGCGGUCCAGCUCCGUUCCCGUUCGUGCCCGUGCAAAUGUUCCCUCUAUGGUGAUCCGUGAUCCUGUGUCACGAGUAGGUGAUGUUUUUAUGUGUGCUUGAGUUGAUCGGUUGGGCAUGUUGCCAUGUUGGUGGACAGUUUUGUUUAUCUCAUUUGUUGUAGUUCGAUGUCAGCAUUUGGUUCGUUCGAGUACAUAAACGCCAAUAAAAUCAGUAGCCGUGGCUUGAUGUAGAUUGAGAUGUUGGUCAUAUUAUCUCGUGUAAAUCCCUGCGUCUCUUCUGUUAUAGUGUUAUGCAAGCUAGAGGACGCAUGUUUAUAUGUCAACUAAUUAUUUUCUAUAUCAACAGCAUCAUCCGGUGUUAUUUC